GCAAAAUUCGACACUUUGCUGUUGCAUUAGGGACCUAAUUGAAAGCAUUGAUAGUUUGGGAUCUAAAUCGAAAAUCAGUUCAUCGUCGGUUACUAAAUUGAGCUUUUCUAUGAAAAUAUAAAGUGGAGAUUAUCUGUCCGUUCACUGUUGUGCCGAGUUCGAGCAACAGGGGAUUCUGAACUGAGAGAUAUAGAAGAGGAAGAAGAUGGAAGCAGAGUUAAUAAAUGCAGAGCUGGUGUUGCCAACACACUUCAGUUUCAAGAGGAUACAGAUAUAUGAGAAAUACCCAAAGGGACAACCAAGAGGCCGUUGGAAACACCUUAAGCAGAUUCUUCAAGCUGAAAAUUAUCAGAAUUGCCCCCCUGAUGAACCCAACUAUGUUAAUAUUGAGUCACCACCCUCCAUGCACCCACCUUUGAGAAUAUGCGAUAUUACAGGAUUCGAGGCACCUUACCAUGAUCCAAGGACCAACCUCCGUUAUGCAAAUACUGAUGUCUUCAAACUCGUGAGAUCACUUCCAAAUGAGCAUGUGCAAAGGUAUCUUGCAUUGAGAAAUGCAGCCGUUACUCUGAAAUAACUUGCAAGAAUUCGCCUUGACAUGCUAGCCUGCACCUGUUUCUGUUUCUGCUUCUGCAUGAGAUAGGGUAGAGCUGUUAAAUAGUUUAGCUCGAAGAGACGCAUAUUUAUUGUUAUUUGUCAUCUGUACUGUGGUGAGAGUAAACAUGAUUAAUUGCACCGAACUAUGUUUUGGAAUUUGUCAGAAUGUCUCCCCUCUCUCCUUUUCGCUCGAGCUGAGUUGAUGUAAACCAAUCAUUGUCUGUAGCUUAGGUAACUGGAUCAUUUAUGGAUAUUGACCAUUUGGCAGGCUUGCUAUAUCAUGCAGUUGAUAGGUUCUUGAA